CGCCACCGGUCUAAAAGUGUUAUUAAAUAUUAAGUAUGAUAAAUUCAUAUUUUAUCUCUGCAAAUAAAUACUUUAUCUGGCUUGCAAAAGUUAUAAAAAGGAGUUCUGGCUUCUUUUAAAAUUAUGUAGUACCAUUCAUCAGUUAAUGAUGAUGCUACGAAAAGCAUUACUUGUGUUCUGUAUGUUGGUGGCGGCGGAAUGCUCCCCGCACGCCGACAUUAUCGAAGAAUUGGCUAAAAGUUUCAAUGCGAGGAUAGUUGACAACAUAUUGGAAGAUGCUGCUUUAGAUGUGCCCGAACUCGUUAGGAAGUACAGAUAUCCUUUGGAAGUCCACACGCUGACAACAGAGGAUGGAUACAUUCUUGAAAUGCAUCGUAUUCCCCAUGGAAGAGAUAAUAACAACGUACCAGGCCCAAGACCUGUUGUGUUCCUAAUGCAUGGCCUACUAUCUUCAUCAGCUGAUUGGAUUGUUAAGGGCCCUGGAUGUUCUUUCGGUUAUAUUUUAGCUGAAGAAGGUUUUGACGUAUGGAUGGGAAACGCUCGCGGUAACUACUAUUCUCGCAAGCAUACCAGUCUGAAUCCUGAUGCGCUUCUAAGUACAGCUUUCUGGCGGUUCUCUUGGGAUGAAAUUGGAAAUAUCGAUUUACCGGCUAUGAUCGAUUACGUCCUAGAAAAGUCCGGCAGGGACAGACUUCACUACGUUGGUCAUUCUCAAGGCACUACCGUAUUCUUUGUGAUGAAUUCUCUUCGUCCUGAAUACAAUCAGAAAAUAAUAUCUAUGCACGCCUUCGCCCCUGUAGCUUAUAUGGCUAACAACAGGAACCCACUGUUCCUUCUGCUCGCACGUCAUGCUAAUAACAUAGAGUUUGCUCUGUCAUUGAUUGGUAUUGGAGAGUUCCUCCCUAACAAUGAAGUAAUGUCAUGGGCAGGUAAAAAUUUGUGCAUGGAUGAGGUGGUAUUCCAACCUCUUUGUAGCAACAUACUCUUCUUAUUUGGAGGAUGGAAUGAGGAUCAACAUAACGCUACGUUGUUGCCCUUAAAAUUGGCUCACUCGCCGGCUGGAGCGUCAUCGAGGCAAAUAGUCCACUAUGCUCAAGGCAUCUCUGGUAAAGAAUUCCGUCGCUAUGACCACGGGUCUAUGAUUUCCAACAGGCGGGCUUACGGUAGCAGGCGUCCACCACACUACGACCUCAGGCGGGUCACCACGCCUGUCUUCCUUCAUUAUUCUGACAGAGAUCCCUUCGCACACGUCACUGACGUCAACAGGUUGUUCCGCGAACUCGGCAGACCCAUCGGCAAGUUCCGUGUUCCUAUGCCUAGAUUCAGUCAUCUUGAUUUCAUUUGGGGCAUCGAUGCAAAGGAUCUAUUAUACACUAGAACGAUAAAUCUUAUACGAGCGAUGGACGAAAAUAAUUAAUGGCUCGACCAUGGAUUUUAUUGUAUAUACCAUUGUUAUUUGUUAUCACAAACAAAUAUAUUAAUAAUUAUACAUACAUAGUCCGUAAUCUGUUCCAGAUGUUUUCCUAUAUUUUAUAAUAUCAAUUAAUGUUAUAAAUAAAUCGAUAAACAUUUAUGUCGUGUUUUCUCUUCAUUAAUGAUAACUAUAAAAAAAUAAAAGUCA